UUAGAUCUAUUACAAAUCUAUUUUUCAUUAAAAACAACCCUAUGUGAUGAAAAUGUAAAUGUACUUUCAAAACUGGUAAAUGCAUGAACCAGGGCAUUGACACUGGUUGGAGAGAAAUUAUAGGCUUUGUUUAAUUAAUACCUAUUUCAUUUUAGGCUUCUACUGAUAAUGGAGAGUAGAAACAACAAGAAGUGCGUUAUUUGUAAUAAGAGGCGAAGUCGUGGUGGAUCACCCUUACUUUUGAGUAGGUUUCCUCUGGAUUCUGACCGUUGUCGAAUGUGGGUUAAAAAUGCUGGCAUAGAAGACUUAGCAUAUGUACCUAUUGAAAAGUUACACCAACUGAAGUUUGUUUGUGGUGGGCACUUCACUCCUGAAUCCUUCAAUGCCAAAGGAACUCGGCUGAAGAACUCAGCUAUUCCAACACUGGAAUUGAGCAAUCCCAUCUUGCCAGAUGAAGUUUUGACAGAGUUUCCUCUUCAUGUAAAAGACUCCAAUAAAGAAAACCUCAAGACAGUUCUUUAUGAUCAUUCAUAUUGCAUUCCAAAGAAGUCAAAUCCAGUUGAACGAGUUCCCCUUACAACUACAACCAAACAACUAAAUUCAACAUGUUUGGGAGCUGUGGAUAUACCAGAUUCUGGUAUUUCUGCGAAAACAACUUUUGAACCUCUUCCUUCUACUUCCAAUGCACCAGAACAUAUGACCUAUAAACCCAUUACUCAUGAUGAUAAAAACAUUUGCCAUCAAGAUGCACAGGCAGAAAUAUUAGUCCACAGUUAUAAAAGACCUAAGAAAAACAUUGAAAUGAAAGACACUUCAUCAACAUUUACAAUUAAAGAGAAGAGGCUUUGGCGACAGUUACAAAAUGCAAAAAAAACAAUAAGGAAUAUAGCGAAGUCAAGAGUGAAUUUAGACAAGUUAGAUUCGGAAGUGCUGACAUCGUUAGUAAAGGAUGUAGUGCAGAAUAACAAAAAAAAGUCACAAGGAAAAAGGUGGACUUUAGCCAACAAAAUAUAUGCUUUGGCUAUAUUUAAACGGUCCACUAAAGCAUACCGCUAUAUGCAAAAGCUGUUUACGCUACCAAGCACUAAAACGCUCCAAAGGAUUUUAAAAAAUAUACCAAUGGAGCCUGGUAUAAAUAAAAAUAUAUUUGAUAUGUUAGAGGCAAAAGCAUCAAGUAUGCCAAAGGAAAAUAAAUAUUGCUCGUUAAUAUUUGACGAGAUGGCGUUAAAGAAACGGAUAAUUUAUAACGAAAUUGCUGAUAAAGUGGAUGGCUACGUGGAUUAUGGAGAGGGCGAGAACAUGGGACGAGAAAAGAAAAUGCAGACCAUGCGUUAGUGUUUAUGAUACAGGGUGCUAAACAUAAAUACAAACAAUAUAUUGCGCACUAUUUUGUGGAAGGCACAAUAUCAACAGCAAAACUGGCAAAAAUUAUAUCGGACAUCAUCAAAAAAUUAAAAGAAAUCGGAUUUAUGGUUCUAACAACAGUUUGUGAUCAGGGAUCUACAAAUAUAGGAGCUCUUAACAUGUUAAAAAGAAACUGUGGACAAGGCAUAGAUAGCAACUUUUUCUCUGUAAAUAAUGACAAAAUUUUUAUAAUCUAUGACAUCCCUCACUUGUUCAAAUCAUUACGAAAUAAUUUCUUUAAAAGUGGAAAUAUGUCUUUCGAUGGAAAAAUUGCACAAUGGAGGCAUUUGGUAGUUGCAGAAGAACACAACAGAAAUUUUUUAAAUUUUAAAAAACUGAAUAGUACCAUUGUAAAUCCAACAUUCAAAACUAAGAUGAGGGUGAAGUAUGCUGCGCAUGCUCUGAGUAAUACCGUGGCAGCUAUUUUAAAAAUGAUGGCAUGGAAAGAAGUUUCUGAUUGCAAUGAUACAGCAUUUGUGAUUGAACAGUUAGAUAAACUAUUUGAUUGUACAAAUGGUCCAUCAUCUUUAAAUGACGUAAAGAAAGGGAUCCGGGAAAAUGUUUCCACAUCAAGUAAUCACAUUGAGUCUUGGACCUUUUAUACUGAUAAGUUAAAAACCAUAAAAUUUAUAACAGCAGAAAACACGAUACUAAAAAAUGUUAAAUGCGUAAAGGGAUAUCAAAUAUCUAUCAAAUCCUUAAACGAUAUUUGGGAAAAGUUAAAGAAUGAAGGGUUUAAAUAUAUGAACCUUAGACAGUUUAACCAAGACUCUCUGGAAAACUUAUUUGGAAUCAUUAGGCAACACAGUGUAACCAAUAGAAAUCCCACUAUCACGCACUUUACUGCAGCGCUUAAAACAAGCAUGGUUACUGGGCUGAAAGUUCCUCAUAGCAGAAGUGCUAAUUGUGAAGCAGACAACAAUAAACAUAUGCUGGAAUAUAAAGACAUUUUAAAAACUAAUUUAAAAACAACAGAAAUAAAAAUUAAUGUUCAAGAUUCCACAGACACUGAAUUUUAUCCUGUGUUGUCUAUCCCGGACCCUGAAAACUUAGAACAGCCCAUUGAAAAUUUGUGUAGCCUUGAAAACCAACCAGUAGUAUAUGUAAGCGGGUAUUUAGCUGCCAAACUAUUACAGAACAGUUCUUGUUUAAUUUGUGAAGAGUGUUUGAGCGUGAAAACUCCUGUUGACAAUGAUUUGUAUGCAUAUAUAUCUCUUCGCGAAUGGUGGCAUGAUAAAAAAAGUCUCGUUUAUCCAACAAUUCAAUUAUGUACCACCGUAAAUGAAGCUAAACAAUUUUAUCAUGACCAUUUUGCCGACCAGAUAUAUAUGGAAAAUGUUGGAAAAUUCAUUUUCUUAAUGUUGAGUACAAAUUGUAAUUUUAGUUGGUUUAAAUGUCAACAACAUAAUAAAGAAAUUUAUGAUAA